AUGACGGAGAUCUCCAAGAGCGUCGCCAACCAACGGUGGGGCAACUACUCCCUCACCUCGCCGCCACCGGCAGUGUACGGCCUCACCCAGUGCCAUGGUGACUUGACUGAGACCGAGUGCCUCCUCUGCUUUACCGAGAGCUGGACCCGGAUCGCCCACUGCCUCCCCAACUUUGGUCGGCUCUACCUCGAUGGCUGCUUCCUCCGUUACGGCAGUUAUGACUUCUACAACGAGACCGUCGAUCCAACGCACGACAUGCUCAAGUGUAGCUCCAAUUUGACAGUCCCGGCAGGGAGAGUGGCCGAGCUCUCGGAUAGGGUGGACCGAGUCCUGAGGAAUGUCUCGGCCAGCGCAGUGCGGAACAAGGGCUUCGCGGUGGCUGGGGAGGACGGAGUUGGAGGAGUCGCCGGGGUAUAUGCUUUGGCACAGUGUUGGAGCACGCUUGAUGCCGUCGGUUGCAGAGUCUGUUUGGAGAAUGCAACUUCGAUGGCGAGAAGCUGUGCACCUGGAGAAGAAGCGCGGGCCAUGAACGCGGGAUGCUUCCUCCGUUACUCGACCACAAAGUUCUACGACAUCCCUGAUAGCGGAGGUAACAACUAUUGUCCUGAUCUCUGGUUUAUCGACUUAAAAGAUGGCUUCCUCGCCAUUAAAGAAAAGCCGACGUUCUUCUAUGUCUGCUGUUCAUCUACGGUCUGCAUCACCAUAGUAAUAACCUCAUUCGCUGCUGUAGCGACUUCUCUUGUUCUCAUUGGUGCAUACAUUGGAUACAAAAAGUACUCCAAGAAGAAACAAAUGCAAAAUAACCUCACACAAUUACGAGCGAGCAAGAGCAAGUUUAGCUUAUAUUUCAAGUACAAGACACUAGAGAAGGCCACCAACUUCUUUGAUGACUCGAGGAAGCUGGGCCAAGGGGGGGGCGGUUCCGUGUACAAGGGGAUUUUACCCUAUGGGAAGGUCGUUGCGGUUAAGCGGUUGGUGUUCAACACAUGCCAAUGGGUGGAUGACUUCUUCAAUGAGGUGAACCUAAUCAAUGGGAUCCGACACAAGAACCUCGUCAGGCUUUUGGGAUGCAGCAUCGAAGGCCUAGAGAGCCUCCUCGUCUACGAAUAUCUUACUAAAAGAAGUCUUGAUCUAGUUCUUUUUGUCAACGAUGCGUAUCACAUCCUAACUUGGGAGGAGAGGCUACACAUCAUCAUAGGAACAGCUGAGGGCCUCGCAUAUCUUCAUGGAGGCUGUGGAGUGAAAAUCAUCCAUCGGGACAUAAAAACCAGCAACAUCCUCAUCAACGAAAAUCUCAUAGCAAAAAUAUCAGAUUUCGGGCUUGCCCGAUGCAUUGCUUUGGAUAAGUCUCAUCUUAGCACAGGAAUUGCUGGCACACUGUAA